AGCCUAAUAAGUAAUAAUAGGCUUUCUUAUUAUUCAGCAACUAAUAAACCAGUUUCCAUAUACCAAUUAGUCUAAUAAAUAUGCUUUAUUAUUAUUUUGCAAUUAAAACCCAGUUUCCUUAUACAGAUUACGCUUUCUAUAUGCAACUAAGAAACCAGUUUGCAUUCACGGUAAUAUAGUUAUUAUGCAUACAAAUAACUAGCUUACUUUUUAAAGAGUUCGAAAAGUAAUGGCACCAGACAUGCCUCCUCUUUUUGAGAAGUCGCCUCCCUGCAAGAAAUGCACAGCCUAUUAGUCCACUAACAUAAUUAUUUGCAUCAUCAUAUAGGGUUUUUUCACGAUGAAGAGUAGUGAAUUUUAAGGAUGGACAACUCAGUAAGUACAACCUUAAAACAAUAUCAAAAGCAGACGUGACCAUCAGCCGUGUACAAUACAGCAUAAACAAGGGUAACCAGCUAACCAUGGAAACUGACUAAAAGACACCACCUCCAAGCCACAUCAACAAGAAACUGAGCGCAAACCCAAGCUUGAAAGUAAUGUGUGUGCAUAGUUUAGUGACCAAAAUGCAUCAGAACAAAAACAAACCUGAGCAAUGGAUCCUUUUAUAACACUAUGGAAGAAAGAACCCUUGUAGUGUAAAGCUUUCCCAGUUUUAGGCCCAACUCCCUUUUCUCUUGCCAAUAUAUGAGAUAAUCAGGUCAGAAGAACACAGUUGAGUUUGUUCUAGCUGCUUAGAAGAAAUUAUGGGCACAGCACAGAACCUCAAUUCAAGGGAAUCCAGAACAUGACGAGUACAGUACAAUAAGUAACAAAAAUUCUUAAGGUUUACAUACGAUUUGCAGCGGAGGUUAAAAGCUGAGGGAUCAGAAUUCGGAUUCUAAUAGCAGCAGGGCGGAAAAGAAUGCAGAACCCGUCCAUAUUUCCCCAUAAUCAAUGACACCCAGAAUCCAAAAGUGAAAACUUACAAACAAUUGAAUAACAAACUUGCUUCGAUUCAAACAUGCCAAUUUCAUAGGGGAAAAGUAACGCUUAACAAAAGAAAAGCAGCAACACCAAAUGCAUGGAGAAACUCUUUAUGAAUUGUAACAAUACCACGAGCUAAGAGCAACAAGCAGCCAAGUGUUGUCGACUAAACUCAAGUCAAGUGUGUGUCUCAACUCUAAUGGGAGAAAGUUGGUCAAUCACUACUACCAUUCUGUAUGCUUCCCUAUGCUUCUUUCAAGCCAAAAUCAGGCCACCAGCGACAUUGCAGCAACUGAAUUAUUCGCUAGGUACUAACUAACAAGAAGAGGCAGGAACAACUAAGCUCACCAUUUCAAAAGCUGUGAUGAAAUGCUCAAAAAUUAGCUGUGAAAUGCAUGUAUUCCCAUUGUUAACGGCAAUUGGAACAAAGCAGCAACAGAAAGCAAAACCUGGUAAAAGGGCUGAUUAGGACCUCGAUCCAUCUUCUGAAUCUGUGCAGCUUCCAUCCAUGAACUUGAUUCACAGCAAACAGGAUCCAUCCCACAAAUCAAACCUCUAUAACCUGCAGAUUUAGUAGGAGUUAGGAUGAUAAAAGAAACCCCGUAUAAAUGGAGAGAUUCAAACACGAGAGUCGAUAUCAGUCGAACAAGAAAAGUAAGGGGAGAUAUAGUUUUACCGUGGCAGACCCAAGAGUGGAGGCCGUCGGUGAUGGAGAGGUCGAAGCGACCCUCGAACCACGUUCCCUUGACGAAGACUGGUUCGCUCGCAGGGGUGUAAAUCUCGAGCUUCUUGCAUGUGUGCCUCGUCCCCGCCGCCGCAGUAUCCAUUUUUCUCCGCCGUCACCAUCUUCUUCUUCGCCGUCGAAAUGGGAUCUGGGCCUCCUUACUCAACCUUGUCGACGUCCUCCACAGAGACAUCGGCUCCUCUCAUCGUCCUCUACAGCAACCCAUCAAGUCCGCCAACACCGUUGAGCUUCUCCGCCUGGCCCCAUGAACUAUGGACAAAGGGGCCUUCCUUGGUGUCGGUGAGAUUGUGACUUUCAUGGAAUGGAGCUCUGAUCGGCUGGGAGAUGGAGAUUAGCAGAGGAAUCAAGAAAGGGGCGUAGUCUAAUGCUCCAUGCAAGAGGCAAAACAAGAAAGGGGGCUUUUCUUAGGGUUUAGAUCGAUCUGAUUUGGGGGAGAUAAGGUAACAACAUGAGAACUGCGGUUCAUCCGCCUCAAUCGAUCAAUCGAACGCUUCAGAUGAGAUUCAAACUCGAGAGAAGAGAAACCCUAAAAAUUACAGAGGAGGAUUGGGGUCUAACUUGAGAAGGGGUGUGUUUGUAUCUAUCUAUCGAAAGACGGAAGAGAAGAAAUGGAUCUUCUUGUUAAGCUUCGUCUGCUUCCUCCUCUUGUUGUUGAAUCAAACUGUUUGCCUCUGCUGAAUGCAAAAGAGAACGAGGGAGAGAGAGCGCACAGGGGUGGCUGGCUCGGUUCUGUUUCUCUCUUGUUCAGUGGUGGACUCGAUGAAUUGGGGGAGAGAUAAGGGAAAGGAGGACAAAACGACAAGAUGAUAGAGUUGUAAUGGCAGGAGGCCAGGAGCAGUGAAGUUGUAUAUAAUUAUAAAGUUUGGGUGUUUUAAGUUUAUAAUUUGGAAAAAGGUACUAUAAUAUAUAUGAUUGUUAGUUAAGGGAUUGAUAUGAGGAGAAUGUAAGAUAAAAUUUAUAUGGGACUAAACCGUGAACAACCAUUAAUGAAGGGAUAUAAUUGCAAUUGUUUUUAUUAUUAAUAAUUACCUUAAUUAUAAUUAAAUUAAAAAUAAUUAAUAAUUAAUUAAUAGGUGUGAACGCAGGAGUACACCGUACACCAGGUGUACGCUAGCCUGAACCAUAUAUAUAUAUAUAUGUUGGGGAUACAACAUAAUUACUUGCGCAGAUAUACCAGCCGCAAGAAUCCAGCAAGCAAAGAAAGAAUAUCAUUCAUGAGCUUAAGUGAUAGGGCAGUCAGAAGAUAUACUCGCGAAAUAGGACUCUCAAACGACACCAUGGUGCCCUGACACAUUGUCACUUCCCAAGCAUGGGCUGGGUCAGAGUCUAUACCCCAGUCUUGUCUAAAUGUCACAUUGCAUUUAAAGCCCAUCCUUUAUAGUGAAGGCUAUAAAUAGAGCAUUUACUCUAGUGGGCGAGAGAUCGAUUUGUUAGAACUUUCCACUAGCUUUUAUACUUUCUCUCUCUAAACGCUCUCGAUUUUCUUGUAAGAAUAACCUUGCCGUUAAGCAUAAUAUAAUAUAACACGACCUCUCGUAACCCAAAUUCCUGUGUCUCACUCCUACUCACAAUUAGACACAAAGAGUGCAGUUUGCCUAAUUCAAUGAAUCUCAUUCUCACCUCUAUGACUCUAUCGUCAAAUUGAAGUAAUUUAGAUGCAAUGCAAAAUUCCAUUGGACUUUAACUCUUUCCUUUUGCCUUCCUUUCUAGUCCAAAGCUAAUCUUUUUUUUUUUUGCAAAAAAUAAUCAUAUAUUGAUUGACACAAAUAGAUAGUUACAUCCUGGAAUUCAGCCAGGUCUAAAAAUAAAAUAAACGACUCUUAGUCGGGUACAAAGAAAGAGCCUUCCUAGCUACCAAAUGAGCUAUCAUAUUAUUACGCCGACUUACAAAUCGUACACUGAAGCCCAUAUCAAUGUCAAAGGACCAGACGACUUCGUCAAGAAUCGACCCCACACGGUUAUCCCUUAUAGGGGUGGAAAUCGGUACGGUAUCGGUAUUCCAAUACCAAAUACCGAAUUACACCCUAAAAUCAAUCCCAAUCUCAAUCCCUAAAUUAUUUCGGUAUCCCAAUCCCAAUCCCUAAAUAUACCGGUAUUCCAAUC